GCGAGGAUGCAGCAGAAGCAGCAGCAGCGGCAGUCACCAUGAGGUGAUCAUCACCACUCCCGCAUUGGAGAGGCGCUAUUAAGAUGAUUAUCACUCAUCAUUUUAUAGAUUGAAUGCAUUUUUCUUCCAAGACAUGAGAGUUGGUUGUCUCCAAACUGCAGCAGCAGAAACCCCUAAGAUGUCUGCAGUCCCGCCCUGAGAGACGUCCCGGCCGAUUCUCCGCACCCUAACGCGAUACGGCACAGACAGCCCCAGAUUGGUCGACAUUUCCUGACACAAUGACGGUCGCCACGGGCGAUCCGUCCGACGAGGCGGCGGCGCACCCGGGACACCCGCUGGACUACGACCCGGAGGCGGACCACGAGUGCUGCGAGAGGGUGGUCAUCAACAUCUCCGGGCUGCGCUUCGAGACCCAACUAAAGACCCUCUCGCAGUUCCCUGAGACACUACUUGGAGACCCCAAAAAGAGGAUGCGCUACUUUGACCCACUGCGGAACGAGUACUUUUUCGAUAGGAACAGACCAAGCUUCGACGCCAUUUUGUACUACUACCAGUCAGGUGGGCGAUUGAGAAGACCGGUGAAUGUCACGCUGGACAUCUUUUCCGAGGAAAUCCGCUUCUACGAGCUAGGAGACGAGGCCAUCGAGAUUUUCCGCGAGGAUGAGGGCUUCAUCAAGGAGGAGGAGCGCCCUCUCCCCGACAACGAGUUUCAGAGACAAGUCUGGCUUCUCUUUGAGUACCCGGAGAGUUCGGGUCCGGCCCGGAUUAUCGCUAUCAUCUCCGUCAUGGUCAUCCUCAUCUCCAUCGUCAGUUUCUGCCUGGAGACCCUCCCCAUCUUCCGCAACGAGGAAGACGGCAUGCACAAGUCACACUCUGAGAUCUUUUCCCCAGAGACCAACACCACGGUCAUCAGGUACACCUCCACCUACUUCACCGACCCCUUCUUCAUACUGGAGACUCUCUGCAUCAUCUGGUUCUCCUUCGAGUUCCUAGUGCGCUUCUUCGCCUGCCCUAGCAAAGCGGGCUUUUUCGGUAACCUCAUGAACAUCAUCGACAUCGUGGCCAUCAUCCCGUAUUUCAUCACGCUCGGCACCGAGCUGGCAGACAGCCCUGACGACGGUCAAGCCGGACAGCAGGCCAUGUCUUUAGCCAUCCUCAGGGUGAUCCGACUGGUGCGAGUGUUCCGAAUUUUCAAGCUCUCGCGUCACUCCAAGGGGCUCCAGAUCCUGGGCCAGACCCUCAAGGCUAGCAUGAGAGAGCUAGGACUGCUCAUCUUCUUCCUCUUCAUCGGGGUCAUUCUCUUCUCUAGCGCCGUCUACUUCGCCGAAGCCGACGAACGACAGUCCCAGUUCGAGAGCAUACCUGACGCCUUCUGGUGGGCUGUGGUGUCCAUGACCACGGUGGGCUAUGGUGACAUGGUCCCGACUACCAUCGGAGGAAAAAUCGUGGGCUCCUUGUGCGCCAUUGCCGGCGUCUUGACCAUCGCCUUGCCGGUGCCCGUCAUCGUGUCCAACUUCAACUACUUCUACCACCGUGAGACGGAAGGAGAAGAGCAGGCGCAGUACCUCCAGGUCAACGCGCCCAAGAGCGAGUCGGGCGAGGAACUGAAGAAGAGUCGCAGCGGAUCCACCAUCAGCAAGUCGGACUACAUGGAGAUCCAGGAGGCGGUCAACAACAGCAACGAGGACUUCCGCCGGGAAAACCUCAAGACUGCCAACUGCACGCUGGCUAACACAAACUACGUCAACAUCACCAAGAUGCUCACAGACGUUUAGUCUCACCGCUGGGAAAAACAAUACAAAGGCAAUAGAAUUCAAGAGCGAGAUGCUCUUCACGCCACGCUUCACACCUGCCCUUAAAACUAUCAAACAGGUCCAAAUUUGCAUGGAGAUUCCUGACUGGGAAACUCAAAUCUCACACCAAUAUAAAUUAAGCAAUGAAAAAAAAGCUUUUUAAAAGAUGAAACAACACAUUGAAGUCACUUAAUCCCUUACUUCCCAGGGUGCACUGCUCUGCUUUAGCCGCAAAAUAUAUGUAGAAGAAAAAACAUAUCCAUUCCCAGGGCUUUGUUUCACUGUUGGUUUUCGCACGGAUGAUUGACAGCCAUGGGCACCACAUAGAGUACCCCAGUGGCGGGACACCUUAGUAGUCAGUAUCUGAUGAGUGACUGAGAACGGCCUCGACGCCUCGCUGCUUUGCUCUUGCGCAACGUGUUGCUACGUUGCAAACUCUCUUCAAGACGCCAUUCACCCGAACUGGUCUUAUACCACAGAGCUUUGAGGACAACUUGAAUGUUUCGUCUCGUCUUCGGUUUUUGUUUGGUUGUUUUUUUUACACGCAAAACCGAUUCACAUAGCCUGAAAUUGCAUAGUCUUUAUUAGUUUAGAGGGUUCUUAGUUUAUAGCAGUCCUGACAGUCCAUCAGAAUUUACGAGAGAUUACAUGGUCACGCAGUUACCGCUUUAAUUACUGGGUUUUAUUUGAUUCUUUUACACUGAUGGUCUAAAAGUGUUCCAGUCACACAAGUACUUACUGGAAAUCAGUGGCAGACCAUGCAUUAUUGUAAUCAACGAUAAUAUACAAAAUCACUUUAACUGCACACAAAUGCACCACAUGCUUUAUCUGGACCAGUUGAUGAUGGAUAUCAACGGUAUCUAAUAACUUUAAAAAAAAAAAACAAAAAAAAAACAACAACAACAAAAACAUCAUCUUCACUUGAUGCUGAAUAUCAAAUGCGUUAAAUAGGGUUGGGCAAUGUUUACAUUUGUUAAGCGCAAUUAAUAGUAUUUAUACUUGCGAUUAAUAGCGAUUAAUCAACCCAGAAAAGCGGGCUUCUUCGGCAACCUCUUGAACAUUAUCGACAUUGUGGGCCGUGCAAUGAUUACAUAUUUAAAGCGCAAUUAAUAGCAUUUGGUGCUUCAGAUUAAUUGAGAUUAAUCACAUUGUUAUACACAAGGUAUGGUAUUAGACUUUUAUUUUAAAUUUAAAAUCUGAUUGGUUAAAAAAAUUAAUUUUGACUUAGCAACUGCGUUAAUAUACUAGUAGGUUAUUACCGACGUCUGUACAAACUCAGCUUUCAUUCCACGGUAGUUGCAGAAUAGGUCCUUUGUGAUGUUGCCCCAUAUGGAUAAACAUGCUAAUUAUGCUAAGCCAAUUUGUACAUCAAUGGGCUGUAAACUGUGACACUAGAGCAGGGGUGUCCAAACUUUUUAUCCCUGAUCUGACCAUGUCAUUUUCAGAGGAGCCGAGAAAGAUAAAAAAGAUCGGGUUUUAAAAAAUGCAGGUUUUUUUUUUUUUUUUUUUGUUAACAUUAACACAUUGACUGUCAUUGAUAGACGUCUAAUCCAUUUUGACUCGGAGGGCUACCAGCACAAGAUCACUCAAUGCAAAGCCUUCCCGGAUGAAAUGGAUUUGAUGUCUCUAACUGUCUGUUAAGAGCUGAAAGUAACAAAAUAAUCCAGCGGUGAAAGGAUAUUGCAAUAUAUUGUAUGUAUAUUUGAAGUUACACUACUAAAACAAACUUUUCAGAAGAAAGAGAAAAUGUCUAGUGACAGCAAAAAAAAAAAAAACAUUAAGACAAUCACACCCAAGAUAGCUCAAUUUAUCACAUUCUAUUAUCAUUUUAUAUAAGUUUAUGACUGAAAUUUUCAACAGUUUUCUACAUUGAUUCCAACAUGUCAGGUUUCUGAGCGAAUGGAAAGGCAUUGUUUAAGCGACUAACUCCAUAUAGUGUUAAAAAUUAGAUGUGCAAAAGAUUCUCGGCCUAAUUUUAUUUCCUGGUGUGGGCCAUAUAUAAUGAUAUUUUAUAUAAUAUAUGAUAUCCUGCUUACAUAAUAUGCUGGAAGCGACAAAAAAAACCCACUAAAAACAAGUUUGGACACCCCUGUUCUAAAGCCACAUGUGGCUCUUUUCAUACUUUUGCCGUAAAUUAAAUUACAUUUUGACCAUUUUGACUACGAUGAAUUGGCAUUGAUCAUUUGAGGGCGUGCAGGAAAGAGUAGGGUAAGGCAGGGUAAGAGUGCAAAUUCAUCACCGUCAAUGAGUUAGAAUUAGCUUGAAAUAUUUUCUUUAAGAUUCCUAAAUGCCAAAAACACAAACGUUCCCAAACCUUAGAAGCCUUCGCCAGGUUGCCGUAAAAAGCGCGUUGCCGUCGUGGAUUUUACUAACCGUUGCAAAGGCCAUUAAGCAGAAUGGUUGUAGUCUAGUCUUGCAUGACAUGCAGUUCAUCUCUAGAAGCAUGACUUGAAGCUUCGAGAAAAAAAAGAUGUAUUUAUAUAUCGUAUAUAGGCAUUAAAAUAUAUAGACAACGCAUAUACAGUAGACUUUCACCAGACACUUGUGAUGCAGAUUGUUGCCAUAAUGAACCGUUUCAAAUUGAGUGCCAAAGUCCGUCCAUCCAUCUACGACGGUGGUGUGAAUCAGCAGCACUGUAGCAUACCUUGACCCCGAACUACAGGUUUGACAUUUGGGGGUCCAACGAAUGUGAACAGACAGGAGAGACAUUUGUCCGUGUGUAGCAUGCGGCGUUUUCAAUGAACUCUCCCGCCCGCAUCUAUUUUUAGGCGCAGCACGUGUCACGCCACCGCUGCCGAUGCGCCGACCGCCCACGUCCGCUGCUCUCAUGCAACACCCCGAAACAUACAGAAAAGUCAGAAGAAAUAAGACAGAGAAGUGGAAAGAAAUUUUGAAGUGAGCCCACUUUGAUUCGUGGUGGCUCAAAUAUACAUUUUUUCGCUUAUGUAUCUUCUUUUUUUUUAACCAAUCAAAAAGCACUAGAACUCUGAUUAUUUGUGAUGAAAAUGUUCUCGUUGGGAAUUUAGUAGGGAUGUUUGAGGUAUGAGCUCCCUCAUAUAUGGAAGUAAAUUGAGUUAUGAGUUGAACUGAAGAAAAACAAAACUCAAUCAUUUUUUAAACUUUUUUUUUUUUUUUUUUAACAUUGGAUGGACCAAACAGGAAAAGCACAUUUGCAUACAAUGAUUUUAUAUGUCCCCAUUCAUAAUUCCACAGUUGUUGAAUUAUUCCUAAAUAAUUCAUUAAACUGGGGAACACUGUAUUUGUUGAGUUGAUAGCUGUUUUUAAUUAAUCGUUGGGUGCGAAAUGGAAAACGUCGUUUUCCUCUGUCACGUCAACCAUUGGAACUAUAUGAUCCAGUUUUGUUAAAGAUAAGAAAAAUUCUGUACUAAACUCUUUCAGGGACAAUGGAAAAGUUAUCAUUAGCUUAACUCAUUCACUGCCUGGUCUCAGAGUAUGUGUUGUGGAAUUUAGUAAAACAAGGGAAAUUGAUAUUGAAAGUACCAAUUAACAGCAAUAGAAGUCCAAUCCAUUUGAACUGGGAGGGGCUGGAAGUGUUCGGUCGCUUGCUUCCAACCGCUCCCAGUUCAAAUGGAAUGGAUGCUAUUGCCAUCAAUGGCAGCAAAAGAGUUAAGUUAUGUGAGGUCAUAUAAUACAGUGGUACUUCUACAUACGAAGUUAAUUCAUUCCAGGACCUUAUUUGUCAAAUAGUCGUAUGUUGAGCAGGGUUUUCCCAUGAGAAUACAUUAUAAUUCCAUUAAUUCGUUCCACAGCCCAAAAAUCUACACUAAGUCUUUAAUAAAUGCUGCUGGUUCUACUGCAAAUAGCAAUUACGCACAGCAAAACAAAUGAAUUAUGACUAAAAAUUGGAAUAAUAAUAUAAUAAUAGUACUACUACUAAUGAUAAUAAUAAUAAUAAUACCUGUAAUAAUGUAACUAAACCUGUUCGAAUGUGACAGAUAUGUUUUGCGUGGUGUACCUGAACGCACCGCGUGGUUGACAGAGUGAGAGAGGGGAUUUUUACUUUGACUUUGUUCAGCUGCGGCAGACAGUAGGAAUGUUGCGUUGCACAAGUUCUGAAAUAAAUGGUUAAAAACCUGACAAAGCUGGCAAUUAUUUGGCGAUGUUACCACAAUAAUAAAUGUCACCUUAACUCAUGAAGACUGGCGAACGGAGGUCGGAGGAGGACCGUCGAGAUCGUAGGCAUUCUAUGGCCGUACUGUCACGCCAGUUCACCGACGCGCCCACCACGCUCAUAUUAUUCUAUCAUUUCUAUCUUCAUUUCAAUGGUAAACCUCAUCUUGUUCCUUUUUUUCACCACCCGCACUAACAUUGUUGGAACCCCUGUUGAUUUCUCUCAAAAGAAAAUCAGCGUCCGUCGUGCGGGAAAACAAAUAAACUGUUGCACUGUCAUAUAUCAUCGUAUUUCGAGCGUGUCGUCGGAUGUAGAAACAAAUGGCGAGUCAAAUUUUACGUCGACUGUCAAAAAGAUCGUGUGUCGAAGCGAUCGUAUGUCGAGGUACCACUGUAUACAGUACACAAAAUUUUUUUUAUUAAAUUCCCACCACAAAAUACACACAAGCUACACUUUUUGCAUAUUUUAUUAAUAUUUUUUCCUCUAUUUUUCGGUUUAUUAUGGUUUGUUUUAACUCAUUUUUUAAAGUUUAUUUUUUUCAAUUAAUUAGAUUUUUUUUUUUUUUUUAGAAUUAUUUAUAUUUUGUAUUGUUCAUGACUUAUUUUUAAAAUUGAUUUUUUUUUUUUUUUAAUAAAUAUAUUUUUGAUUUAUUACUAUUUAACAUUUAGGCAUUUUAAAAAUCAGAAUUCCUGCAUAACUGCUGUGUUUUUCCAAAUUUUGUGCAAGACAAAAUAAAUAGGUAAGAUAUGGGGGGGUGGGACUUGACUUGCUAGAAAUUACUGCAAUUUUGUAAGCAGCAUGAUCAUUUUAGCUUUAACCAGCAUUAAAAAUUCAACUCAACGAAUUUAUUUUUGAUGCCCAGUUUGAUGGAAAAAAAAAAAACAAAAAAUGUCACUUUUCUACUAAAUCCAGUCACUUUUUGUAAAAGAUCCUACUAAAUUCUCAUGAGAACAGGAAUGGGAGUCACAGCUGCGUUGAUGCAUCAUUUAUAUGUACUGUAACUUUUAAAACAACAACAAAAAUCAUUUUUGUCUAUGCAUGUGGAAUCCCCCCCAUCCACUUCGUUACACCCGCAGUAGCAGAAACGCACAAUGUUGACCUUUCUGUUGGAAGCACACCCUGAGUGGAUUUGACUCUUUGCAUAUUUUCCACCUAAUUAUCAAUUAUUUCUCUUAUAUUUCCAUUUAAAAUGGACUUUGGAGGAAAGCUGGGAAAUCUAUGCAUCGUUUUUCAUACGGCACAAACCAAUGCUUUCAUCAGAAACGACUCCUACCCGAGAAAGUUGCAAUAUGUGCGGGAUAUCGCUCUGAACAUUUGAAAUAGUCGGUCAUUUGUUUGACCUGCAUGAAAACACACACGUGGAUCAAGGUGACCAAUAUGCAAUAUGUAUGCAUGUGUGUGCUCAAGAAAGAGUGACUGUGACUUUCACGUGAUAUGUACAGUGUUCACCCCUUGUACAUAAAAGCAAAGACAGCAUCGGCAGGUGGCAAACGGACUCCACAAGUAGUUUGAUCUGCACUUUACAAGACAACAUGGACAAUCUAUGGACCUGAGAACAACAUUUAGUCCUGAUUGAUAACGCUGACAAGGAGAUAUCAAUAACAAAGCCAAUAAUAAUAAUAAUAACUCAA